UCCAAUUCUCACUCCCGAUUUUGUGCUCUCUCUUCAGAGCUACACUCGCUUUCUUUCUCUAGGGUUUUGAUUUCCCUGUUCGCCCCAAAUUUGCUCAUAAUUUUCAGCCAAGAAAGUAAUCCGAGACGCUAAAGCGCAUUUGCAUCGAUUCAAUUCUCCCAAUGUGAAAAUCGUUUCGGCUUUUUGGAUGUUUGUUUAUUUAUGUAUCUAGUUUGCUAGCUCAUUUUUUUGCGUCGGUUUUGGGUUGUGGCGGUGUUCAUCAGAUGAUAUCAGUGAUGAUGAGCAGCAGCAGCAAUAAUCCGUUCGAAUCUGAUCGGAAAAACGACCCGGGAGAAGAAGCCAAGCCUAGGGUUUUGGUUCCUGGCGAUGAAAAGGUAAAUUUUGGUUUGAAUUUGAAUUCAAUUGUUUCUGGUGAAGAUGGCAUGUCUAGGGCUUCCAUGCAUGUGGACGAAAAUGCUAGGGUUGGGGGUGGGGGUGGGGGUGUUAGUUUAGUGGUUGAUUAUAAGGUUUCUGAGGAGGGUAGGGUUUCUGGGGGUGUCGAUGAGGUUAGUGAAUUUAGGGUUUGUGAAUUGAAGAAUGUGGACGAGGACUUGAAAAAUGUGAGUGGCAGUGGAUUUAGCGAGGUAGGGAGUGAAAUGAAGAAAAUGCAGCAAUUUGACUCGGGGGGUGGGGUAGAUGUAAAAGUUGAGUUGGUUAGGAAGGAAAUUGAUGAUAAAAGAGAUGGUGGAAAUGGAAAUUUUGAGGCUAAGGAUCAGCGUUGGAGUGGUAGUGGAGCAGAUUACGAUUCAAUGCUUUCUAUGUUUGAUCAAUAUGCAGCGAAUGGGAAAAGUGAGGCAGUGGGUUAUGGUUAUGAAAUUGGGGACAUGGUUUGGGGGAAAGUGAAGUCGCAUCCAUGGUGGCCAGGACAUAUAUUUAAUGAGGCUUUUGCUUCUGCUUCGGUCCGGAGGACUAAAAGGGAAGGUCAUGUGUUGGUGGCCUUCUUUGGAGAUAGUAGUUAUGGAUGGUUUGACCCAGCUGAGCUGAUACCCUUUGAGCCAAACUUGGCUGAUAAGUCUAGGCAGAUGAAUUCUAGGACAUUUACGAAGUCAGUGGAGGAGGCUGUUGAUGAGGUGAAUAGGAGGCAGGGGUUGGGUUUGGCUUGUAAGUGUAGGAACCAGUUUAAUUUUCGGAAGACAAAUGUUGAGGGAUACUUUGCUGUAGAUGUGUGUGAUUAUGAGACAGGAUUCUAUUCCGCAAGCCAGAUCAAGAAGGCAAGAGACAGUUUUCAGCCUGGCGGGACGCUUAAUUUUGUAAAGCAGUUGGCUUUGACACCUAUGGGUGAUGAUUUUGGUAGUAUCAAUUUUAUUAAGAACAGGGCCACUGUUUCAGCUUAUAGGAAGGCAGCAUUCGAGGAGUUUGAUGAGACCUAUGCCCAGGCUUUUGGUGCUCAGCCUGUACGCCCUGCUCCACGAAAAGCACCACCAGAGCCAUCAAGAGUUCCUUUGAGUGGUCGACUCGUGAUUGCUGAAGCUCUUGGAAAGGGGAAAACUUCUUUGAAAUCCAACAAGUCAAAGGACCAACUAGAGAAAGACAAAUAUCUUUUCAAACGAAGAGAAGAACCAAAUGAGUUUAAAACCCACAUAAUCAGCCGUGGGCAAGGAGGCUCCUCUAGCCUGCCUUCUCAGGGCGUUGGUUCUGUUCAUCUGUUAGAAGGCAUGCAUUCUUCUGUAGUAGAUCAAGCAGGUCAAACUUCUGUAUCUAGAGUGACUGGGGGUUUUGAGCAAUCUGCAAGUCAACCAGCUGGUGUUGAACAAUUCCGUGGGCAGGAACAUACUCACAACAGCGUUGGUGGAAAUUUCCUUUCUGACAUUAAUGAUAUAAAACCUGUUGCUCAGGGUUCUAAGCUGCAGACUGAUAGUGGGACAAAGAAAGGAAAGCAUCAUAAACGUCCAGUAGGGGAGGUGAACUCUGAGAAAUCUGGUUCAGUGGAAAAGAUUAAGAAGAGAAAGAAAGAAGGAAGCAGGGAGAAUAGCUCACAUAAUGUGGUGAUACCCGGUAUUAAUGUUAAAGAAGCAGCAUUUGCCGGAAAAGUUAUCGGCAAACCUGCAGAAAAAUUUUCCGGUCGUGGAGACGAUUCUCAAGUUAAGCAUCUGGGAAAUGAUGAUGCAGUAAAAGGUUCUCUGUUGCCCGACUUGGGAACUAAACCCUCGAUGGUGAAUAAUGAUACUCAGCUUGAACUUCCCCGGUUGCUUGAUGAUUUGCGAGCUCUUGCUCUUAAUCCCUUCUAUGGUGCAGAGAGGAGUUGUCAUGCAAUUGUACGACAGGUAAUUUUGAGAUUUCGGUCCCUUGUCUACCAGAAAAGCUUGUCCUCACUGGUUCCAGGUGAGAAUGAAUCAAAAGAUGCUCAUGGUAUAACGCCCUCUCCUGUCUCCUCUGACAAUCUUCCUGAUAAUCUGAGAGAGAGGUCAUCUGUGAAACCUCCUAAGGCUCCAACCAGACUGGACGAUCCCACAAAAGGUGGGCGCAAACGUGCCCCAUCAGAUCGUCAAGAAGAAUUGACUUUGAAGAAAAAGAAAAAGAUCAAUGAUCUGAAAUUACUGACUACAGAGAAGAAAGCUGCUCAUAAGGCUCCAGAGGCUCAACGAGGGGAUCCAAAGGAUACAAGUACAAAGACUGUGGCUCAAGCACCAGAAAAGAAGGCUGCUCAGAAACCUCCAGAAGUUCAAGUAGGAGAUGGAAGAGAAAUCCCCAGAAAGACAAUGCCUCUGGCACCGGGCAAAGUUUCCAGAUUGGAUCCUGCCAAGACAAGGGGGCUGCCAGCGAGGGCUGCUGAUCCAACAAUGCUGGUUAUGAAGUUCCCAGCAGGCGCAACAUUACCAUCUUCUGCAGAGCUGAGGGCUAAGUUUGCACGAUUUGGGCCACUUGAUCAUUCAGGUACCAGAAUCUUUUGGAAGUCAUCUACAAUUCGUUUGGUCUAUCACCACAAAAUUGAUGCCCAGGCAGCUUUAAGAUUUGCUACCAGUGGUGCCACUCUUUUUGGGAACUCGAAUGUAAGGUGCCACCUUCGUGAUGUUGAGGCUCCUGAAACAGACUCUACCAAGGUCCAAGAAGAUCCUUACCCCGGAAUCUCGCAAUCCCGGGAUUCCCCAGUGUUGCAGCAAAGGCUGGCGGCAGCUGGUGUUUCUCAGCCAGUCCAACUUAAAUCCUGUCUUAAAAAACCAUCUGGGGAUGAUGGGGCAUCAACAGGAGGUGGUAAUGGCACUGUUAGGGGGCGUGUGAAAUUUAUGUUGGGUGAUGAGGGAAGUGUUAGGACAAGUUCUGAUGAUGCUGCAACUUCUCAUGGUUUGAAUUAUAAUAGUGAGAAAAUACAUACGGUUAUUCCUCCACCUCCACCUCCACCAUCAAUUCUUCCUGUUGCACCAAAUAAAUUUCACCAUACUGAAUUAGUACCAAGAAAUGUGCAGAGUUUCAGUAUGCCUGCUGUCCAACCUAUGCCAACGCAUAUUGAUAUAUCACAACAAAUGAUAAGUCUACUCGCAAAGUGCAAGGAUGUCGUGAACAACGUGACGGGUACCCUGGGCUAUGUGCCCUAUCACCCUCUUUAAAGAACUCAUAUGGCUAAUGGGGCGGCAUCACUGAACCUGCACGUCGACUCGCAUACAAAGGCAACUUGACAACCUGUGAUUCAGAGCCCCUUCCUAUCAGAAGUUUGGCGAGGAUUUUUUAUGUUGCCGCAGAGGAUUAGAAUGGUAAAUCUUGUACUGCAAAUGGUAAUGGUGAUGGUGCUCUAGUAUUUAUUUUGCUUCUCUUUUUUAUUAUUAUUUUUUUAAAAUUUAGUUGACCAAAGUUUUCCAAAAGUAACUGCUGAACUGUUCUGGGGAUAUAGCCCUCAACGUGUUAUCUUUGUAGGCAUAUACCGUUUGGCAUUAAACUUCAGAAAUACCACUAGUUAGACAAAGUUGAAUUGGGGAUUCUGUCCGUCUCUCCCACUCUCGGAAACAUAUAAAUACACAACCCCACCCCCAGAAAGAAAGAAAU